CACUGGUCUGCUUACUACCGACUCUACUGAUCUCAAGUUCACCCAAGUAGUGUACGUGCAGUGGAAGAAGUGCACCAAAUAGCUAUAGAUGGCUAAUUAUGGCGUUUGCUUUUCUGUAGCCGAGCUAACACGACGAGCUUGAUUACCGUGCAAGGGCCGUGGGAAUUUAGUGUUGAUCAGCUUCAGUGGCGGAGGUGUGAUGGAGCGUGACUUUUGAGGGCUGCUUGGUGCAUGGAAUACCUAAAUUCUAGAUAGUCGUUUUGUGAAUGUAUGAGAUGCGCAUCUGCAAAUCAACUUUGGCUGCCGUGAUGACGGGGUAUUUUCUCGGUUUGCUGAUAGUCCUGAAUCAUGCGGUUCAUUGUACCGCUUUAUCUAGUAGUGUUUGUUCAAACACUAUCAAGUGUAUUGCUGAGGCCGAUCUCAUGCAAGAGUCACACAUUGUUUAAGGGCAUGUAUUGAAUACGGCUAGAGCAGAGACUGUAGUAAGGAUUACGCAUGAAGGUAGUCAACUAAGUUCGAA